AUGAGAUUCCUCAACCUGCUUCUAGCUCUUUCGCCGCUGGCUCAAGUCUCUUCGGCUAUACCUCAAGAAUGGGGCAGCUCCACUGGCCCUUUGGGUGGCAAACCGAUCACUGACCCUGCGCGUCUCUCAGGACUGCAUGCAAUGCACGAUGAGGUGAUUAGGAUGUUGAACACGGGCGAGGCGCUCCCUGUAGAGCGGUCGACGAACCUCACCGAGCAUGGCCAGCAUGACAAACGCGCAUACCAGGCCUUUGGACUCCUCGGAGUUUUUGUCGCAUCCAUGUUCGGUCUCAAGACUAUCGAAAAAAUUACCGACCAAUUACUGGACCUUUUUACAUCGGACGACAUCAUUUGGACGAGCAAGGAAAACUGCCGCGCGACUUUCCGCACUCAGGGCGGGGGGAACGAAGCGUUCCGAACUUAUGGAAAAGGCCAUGGUAAUCCCACAUCCGAGGUAUACAAAAAUGUCGGAUGGAAUGACCCUGAGCACACUGCUCCGCCGCUCCAUUUCUUCGAGGGUGCUCAGGGUGAUCCUGCUAUUGGUCUCUACAGUGUGCAGUUUACGGCAACGGACAGGGUUGCCUGGAGUGGUAUUCCAGGCACAGAGAAGUGUGGCAUCGAGGGGCUGUGCAAUCCUCAGUAUAUCUUCUACCACAGAGGCUUUCAAAUCGUUCUCAAUACAUGGCAAUCCCAGGGCCGCGUCUCAGCUUGCCAAUACUCCCACGGAGAGGAUUGCCUGGGCUUGUGCUUGUCGGGGGUGACGGACCAGUUCCCCCAAGGCGGUGUUGUUUGGGGCGGCGACUGCGCGAUUCCUUGCAUUGAUGACGCUUCCGAUGGCUAUGUCGUACUCCCCAACGAGCAGGCAAAGUUUAUGGUGGUGGGAGACUCGAUAUCACAUGGAAUGGAGGACGACUGGACGUGGAGAUACCGUCUCAGCCAAUGGUCACUCUCCUCUGACCUAGUGGAUAAAAACGGAUACAUACACCAGUUCGUCGGACCCUGGAAGGGAACAUUUGGGAACAGGCCGAUCUCCGAUUCUCAGCCUCAAGGCCCCUUAUUCCCAGAUGAGAAGCCACCGCCAGCCGUUGAGAUCCGCGGUUCGUAUGCCCCAGGCGUAGCUGAAAGCUUCCGCGACAGCGGCCAUGCUGCCUUUUGGGGUCGUCAAGCCGAACAGUCCAAAAACACCAUCAAGGGCUGGGUCUCCGAAUACAAGCCGGACUAUCUCCUGAUCCUGCUAGGCUUCAACGACCUGGGCUGGUGGGUGAACGGGCCCGAGGACCUGAUUGGCGCCAUGGGAAGUCUCGUCCAGGCAGCACGCGAGGCCAAGCCAGACAUCAAGCUUCUUGUGGGGAACGUCCCCCAUCGCUCGUUUAUCAAAGGCCGCCAGGACCUGGUCGACAUGACGAACAAGUAUAACAUCCUCCUGCGGGAUACUCUUCCAAACUGGUUCCGGUGGGAGUCUCCGAUUGCUUACGUCGACAUUAAUACCGCUUACAACUGUCGCCCGGGGGGCUGUCCCGACGGGUGGGAUGGAUUACACCCCAAUAUUCUGGGCGAGUACCAUCUCGCCCAGGCCUUUGCCCGAGUCCUGCAGAGAGACUUUGGGUAUAACGGCAUCGAAUUCCAAGUCCCCGCCACGGUAGAUCCCAGACCGGUGAGCAAGCCGGUCAAUGUGCGGACAGUCUCGUAUCCGGAGGGCUUGUUCACCACCUGGGACCCCGUUGAGAAUAGUCGAGGAUACGAGAUCCGUGCCAGGGUGAAGGGGGCGCCAGGCUGGUGGUCCGAGGGCCUCGUCUACCCGUCCACUCACGGCAGCUGGCAGCCAUGGGUGAUUAACGGCCAGACGUGGGAAUACCAAGUCCGCACCAAAGGUGACAACGAUGUGAGGUCAGACUGGUCGGACUUCAGCUCAGCGACGGCCAUGGUUGCCACAGCUCCGGGGCCGUCCAACGUUAUCGUUCACCCUCAAGGGAAUGAUGUCCUCGUGCGGUGGGACGCGGUCACGGGCUACUACGUGAAUCGAUACGGCGUCCUUGUAUGGGACAGAGACACAGAGGGCGCCUUUCUCGAGACAUUUCCCACCAUAGACACAAGCUACGUUGUCAAGGGUUUGAAGCCUGGUCACCGCUACGGCAUAUGGGUAGCUACUUACGUCGGUAUGAUCGGGAGUUUGACCAGGACAUCUGCCAUAGUUGGCGGUUUACCCGCAGCCGGACGAGAAGUGAUUGCUGGACAGGGGGCGCCUGCGCCGCCCAGUGGGCUGCGUGUGCACACGAUCGACGCAACCACUAUUCGACUCGAGUGGAACGCGGUAUCCGGCACUUCAGGCUACAGCGUUUAUUCCAGAAGUGUAAGGGACAAUACGGCGCAGAAGCUAGAAGGUACAACGACGAAGACAUCAUACGAAUUCGGCUUCCUGUUCCCAGGAAAUUGGAACUUCGAAUUCUGUGUGUCGGCCUUCAACGGUAACCUGGAAACCGCCCCCGUCUCCUGUAUCAUCCCGCCCGUUUGCUGCGGCCAUGAAAAAAGAGACCUGGUUCGAGGAAACUAUACAGUCGGGGAAGGCGUAGCUGGAGACAAAGGGCUCGCGGAUCUGUUUGCAGUUUACCAACAGACUGCAGACUUUGCAUCCCUCAUUGAGGCUGGUUAUUUACGGGAGAAUAUGGAACUUCCGUCCAUCGUAUAA